AUGAAUAGCGUACGCAACCUGUCUUUUCCAGCCCCUUUUCACCGGCGCUUCACAAGCUCUAACCCUGCGGCGAGAAAGCGUUUAAUCUCCCUAGGGCAGCGGUUCGGGGCUUUGGCAGCGGGGGGGCUAGCCCUAGCCGCCGCUCUUGCGACUCUGCAAUCGAAUAGUAAUAGUGCGUUGCAAUGCGAGCAGUCUGCAAUGGAUGCGUGGAAAUCUUCAAAGCCUUCCAUCCCCGACAUCUCUCACCUGGACCCGAAAGUCAUCGAGGACACGCAAAAACCAAUGAGACAGCGGAUGGAAACAUACGUCAAGCUCCUCCAGCACCGAAUAGUCACAGCACUCGCGGCUGAAGAGCAGGCGGAGACAUUCUUGGUCGACGCAUGGCUUCGUAAGCAAGGAGGGGAAGGUAUCUCAUGUGUGUUGCAAAAUGGCAAAACAUUCGACAAGGCUGGCGUGAACAUUAGCGUCGUACACGGCAUUCUACCUCCGGCAGCUAUUGCGCAAAUGUCAGCUGACCAUGGUAAUCUGGUUCAGAAAACAGGGUAUAUGUUGGACGGACCUGAUGCUGAGGUGUCUGGGCUACCUUUCUACGCUGCUGGUCUGUCGCUGGUCGUGCACCCGCACAAUCCAUUCGCCCCGACCGUCCACUUUAACUACCGCUACUUUGAGCUGACACAUCCACCGACACUUAAGGAUGGCUCGCCAAAUCCGCGCUACGAGGAAGCAAAAAAGACUACAGGUGGAGCGACAGAACCUGUGGCCUGGUGGUUUGGCGGAGGUACAGAUCUGACGCCAACCUACCUAUUCGAUGAUGACGCCAAGCACUUUCAUCAUACGCUGAAAGCUGCAGCCGACCGUCACGAUACUGCUUUCUACCCGGCUUGGAAGAAGUGGUGCGACAAGUACUUUUGGAUCAAACAUCGCAAUGAAGCACGCGGGAUUGGUGGCAUCUUCUUCGACGACCUCACUUUGCCUACGUACGCGGCUCAGCGUGACAGCUAUAUUCCUUUGUCCGAUGGUGAUAAGGCGACUCGCCCGUUGUCAUCAUCCAAUGCGCAUGAUCAAGAGUCGCUCUUUGCCACCAUCCGCAGUCUAGGUGACGCGUUCAUUCCCGCCUACCUUCCAGUCUUGCAAAGGCGCAAGACCACUCCCUUUGACGAAGCACACGCUGCCUGGCAGGCGAUCAGAAGAGGGCGGUAUGUCGAAUUCAAUCUCGUCUAUGACCGAGGGACCAAGUUUGGCCUGCAGACCCCUGGUGCCAGACUAGAGAGUAUUCUGAUGAGCCUUCCGCUCAAAGCACGGUGGGAGUACAUGGAGCGAUGGAGCGGGGCAGAGACCGACAUGCCACGAGGAGCAAAAGACGAAGGGAAGCAUGAAAAGGUGACCAUGGAAAUCCUUAGGCAUCCCAAGGACUGGGUGUGA